AUGCCUACGGCUGAACCGACAGGGAGCUCUCCCGAUCACAAUCCAGAUAGCAAAUCAUUGGGCUCUAUCAAUGUUGAUAGAACAGACUCGCUUUCUUCUGAAGUCAUCCACACAAAGGUGAAGAGACGAUGGACCUCAUACCUAUGGGACACUUUGGACAAGUCGCCAGAAGAGAGGCGGUUUCUGUUCAAGCUCGACGCAGUGCUUCUUUCAUUCGCUUCGCUAGGGUAUUUCAUCAAAUAUCUAGACCAAGUCAACAUCAAUAAUGCUUUCGUUUCUGGCAUGAAGGAAGAUCUUAAUCUUUUCGGAAAUCAGCUGAAUUACAUGCAAACUUGCUGGACUGUGGGAUACGUCAUUGGUCAAAUUCCAAGACCCUCCAUUUGGAUCCCGUCCUGCGAAGUCACCUGGGCCGUUUUGACAAUUCUCAUGGUCAAGUGUAACAAUGCGCAGCAAAUUUACGUGUUGCGAUUCUUCAUCGGACUUGCCGAAAGUACGUUUUAUCCUGGGAUGCAAUACAUUAUUGGAUCUUGGUAUCGUAAGGAUGAGCUGGCCAAACGGUCUUGCAUCUUUCACACCAGCAGCGCUAUUGGUACCAUGUUCUCGGGAUAUCUGAUGGCCGCUGUCUAUCAUCUUGGAGGCAAGGAUGGAUUCAAAGGUUGGCAAUGGCUAUUCAUCAUCAACACCGUCAUCUCUCUGCCAAUUGCUCUGGCUGGGUAUUUCAUGAUACCCGAUGUGCCUGAAAUUACACGAGCAUGGUAUUUUACAAAAGACGACAUUGCAAUUGCCCAGAAGAGAAUGCAGCUCGAGGGUCGAGCAAACCGAGCUCCGUUUACCAAGAAGAAAGUGAAGAAGAUACUUUCUAGUUGGCAUAUAUACUUGCUUACAUUGCUAUACAUCUUCUUCAAUAACGGAAAUGGCGCCGCAUCUCAGCCUGCGUUUCAGCUGUGGCUCAAGAAGGAAGGUUACAGCGUCACCCAAAUCAACACCUACCCGACGAUCACCACAGCUAUUACUGUGGUUACUACAUUAAUCUAUGCGUGGACCUCAGAUACGAUAUUCCGAGGAGAACGCUGGCCCCCCAUCGUCUUUGCGGGCAUAAUUAACAUAAUUACAAAUGUCAGUCUUACAGUAUGGAAUAUUCCAAUUGGCUGGAAGUGGGCUUGCUUCUUCUUGGCUGGAUUUGGUGGAGGUAUUAGCGGUCUUACAUUUGCUUGGGCCCAUGAGAUCUGUACAGAUGACAAUGAGGAGCGAGCCUUGGUCACUGGAUCAAUGAACGAAAUGGCUUAUGUGGUUCAGGCAUGGCUGCCACUGUUAAUCUGGCAGCAAGUUGAGGCUCCCGAGUAUCCAAAAGGAUAUCCGACAUCUAUUGGAAUCGCUGUUGGAAUGAUAAUAAUGGCUUUCUGGAUAAAGUAUGCACACGGACGAGAGAAGCGAAGGAGACAACAGGCCCAAGAGGAUGAAUCAACUUUGGGAGUAUCUACUGCAUGAUAUUAG